GAACGUUUCUUCAAACAACUGCAUCACGUCACAUCACUUCAAGAAACUAUUCUCACAACCUUUCUUGUAAUCCUCUGUAUCAACCCGAAUAUCAAUUUUCGACCCCUCAGCGCCACAACGCCGCCAUGUCCGCGAACGCCCAAAAUCCCCGACCUCAGGGCACUCCCGGAGGAAAAGCCACUGGGGCGUCAGGCGGUGCAUACGCCAAAUUCGAAUGCAAGAAUGCAAGGAGAGAGGACCAUCCUCGAGACUAUCGCUGGGUAGAUAGUGCUGACUCGCUGUGUGCCCAUUGUCAGUGCGCACCCCGUCAAAGCCGUUGAGAAAAUCUUUUAGCGUGUCGAGAUGAGAAUCACAUGCAUGGAUCAUUUCUCCAAGUUCUUUCUUUCCUGUAUGGGUCGCUUAUGGAGGAAUUUUGAUGGUUCAGUUGGGCGGGCUGUAUUAUAUUGUUUUUAAACGUUAUGAACCGCUAUUAGGGUUGGUGGCCCUAGAGACUGAGUGGCAACCGCAAUGGAGAUGUAACAUUGGAUCAUCUUCUGUAUACUAUUUCUGAUCAACGAAGAGAAACGUAG